UUUAGGCCGCGGCCAUCCGUGUAUUUGGAAAUUUACAGUAGCAGUCCAGUUGGUUCGGAAAGCAGCAGAGAUGGCGGAUUCCUCAGAGUCCAACAUGGCCACCAGCCCGGUGCGCAGCUCUCGGCGAGGAGAUGCCUUCACCUCCAGCCCAGGAAGAGAUCUGCCUCCCUUCGAGGAUGAAUCUGAAGGACUCCUGGGAGCUGAGGGCCCCCCUGAUGAUGAAGAAGAAGAAGAUGGGGAGGAACUAAUUGGAGAAGGGAUGGAAAGGGACUACCGCCCUAUUCCAGAACUGGAUGUUUAUGAAGCUGAAGGCUUGGCCAUGGAUGAUGAAGACAUAGAGGAAUUGACUGCCAGCCAAAGGGCAGCAGCAGAGCGGGCCAUGAGGCAGAGGGACCAUGAGAUGGGCCGUGGCCUGGGCCGCAUGCACAGUGGUCUGCUUUAUGAGAGUGAUGAUGAAGAUGAGGAGCGCCCUUCACGGAAGAGACGCUUGGCAGAAAUGGCUGCUGAUGGCAUGGAAGAUGAGGAUGAAGACAUGAUUGAGAGCAUUGAGAACCUGGAAGACAUGAAAGGACACUCUGUGAGGGAGUGGGUGUCUAUGGCAGCUCCUCGGCUUGAGAUCUACCACCGCUUCAAGAACUUCCUAAAAACUCACGUGGAUGACCAUGGCCACAAUGUUUUCAAGGAGAGGAUCAGUGACAUGUGCAAAGAGAACAGAGAGAGCCUGGUGGUGAAUUACGAAGACUUGGCUGCUCGGGAACAUGUCCUGGCCUACUUUCUUCCAGAAGCCCCAGCAGAAAUGUUGAAGAUCUUUGAUGAAGCGGCCAAGGAAGUGGUGUUGGCCAUGUACCCUAAAUAUGACCGAAUUGCAAAGGAAAUCCACGUCCGGAUCUCACAUCUGCCUCUGGUAGAAGAGUUACGAUCACUUCGGCAGCUUCACUUGAGCCAGCUAAUCCGGACAAGUGGGGUUGUGACAAGCUGCACUGGGGUCCUUCCUCAGCUCAGCAUGGUCAAAUACAAUUGCACCAAGUGUAGCUUCAUCUUGGGGCCUUUCAUGCAGUCCCAGAACCAGGAAGUAAAGCCAGGAUCCUGCCCAGAGUGUCAGUCUACUGGUCCCUUUGAAAUCAACAUGGAAGAGACUGUCUACCAGAACUACCAGCGCAUCAAAAUCCAGGAGAGCCCCGGCAAAGUGGCAGCAGGCCGGCUCCCUCGUUCCAAGGAUGCCAUUUUACUUGCUGACCUGGUUGACAGCUGCAAGCCAGGGGAUGAGAUUGAGUUAACCGGCAUCUACCAUAAUAAUUAUGAUGGUUCUUUGAACACUGCCAAUGGGUUUCCAGUGUUUGCCACCGUGAUCCUGGCAAACCACAUUUCCAAGAAAGACAAUAAGGUGGCUAUCGGAGAGCUCACAGAUGAGGAUGUGAAAACCAUUGUAGGCCUGUCAAAGGAUGAGCAGAUUGGAGAGAAGAUUUUUGCCAGCAUUGCUCCUUCAAUCUAUGGCCAUGAAGACAUCAAAAGGGGCUUGGCGCUGGCCCUGUUUGGAGGAGAACCCAAAAACCCAGGAGGAAAACACAAGGUCCGUGGUGACAUCAAUGUCCUGCUCUGCGGAGAUCCUGGAACAGCUAAGUCUCAGUUCCUCAAAUACGUGGAGAAGGUGUCCAGCAGAGCCAUCUUCACCACCGGCCAGGGAGCUUCUGCUGUUGGUCUGACUGCCUAUGUGCAGAGGCACCCUGUGAGCAAAGAGUGGACCCUGGAAGCAGGUGCUCUGGUGUUGGCAGACCGCGGGGUGUGCUUGAUAGACGAAUUUGACAAGAUGACAGAUCAGGACAGGACCAGCAUCCAUGAAGCUAUGGAGCAGCAGAGCAUCUCCAUCUCCAAGGCUGGCAUUGUCACCUCCCUGCAAGCUCGCUGCACCAUCAUUGCCGCUGCCAAUCCCAUCGGUGGGCGUUAUGACCCCUCCUUGACUUUCUCAGAAAAUGUCGAUCUGACUGAACCCAUCAUAUCUCGAUUUGAUAUCUUGUGUGUGGUCAGGGACACAGUGGAUCCGGUUCAGGAUGAGAUGCUGGCUCGGUUUGUAGUGAACAGUCACAUCAAACAUCACCCUAACAGCAAAGACCUUGUGAAUGGAGACUCUCAAGAGAUUGUCCUCCCCAAUACGUAUGGCAUAGACCCCAUCCCACAGGAGAUCCUGAAGAAGUACAUUAUCUAUGCGAAGGAAAAGGUCCACCCCAAACUCAACCAGAUGGACCAGGACAAAGUGGCCAGGAUGUACAGUGAGCUCAGGAAAGAAUCCAUGGCAACUGGGAGUAUCCCCAUAACAGUGCGCCACAUUGAGUCCAUGAUCCGCAUGGCUGAGGCCCACGCCCGCAUGCACCUGCGGGACUAUGUGGUAGAGGACGACGUUAACAUGGCCAUCAGGGUCAUGCUGGAGAGCUUCAUUGACACACAGAAGUUCAGUGUCAUGAGGAGCAUGCGGAAGACUUUCUCCCGGUACCUGGCCUUCAGGCGAGAUAACAAUGAGCUCUUGCUGUUCAUUUUGAAACAGCUGGUAUCAGAACAGGUGAUGUAUCAGAGGAAUCGCUAUGGGGCUCAGCAGGAUACCAUUGAGGUGCCAGAGAAAGACUUGGUCGAUAAGGCUCGCCAGAUCAACAUCCACAACCUUUCUGCCUUCUACGACAGUGAGUUGUUCAAGAUGAACAGAUUCAACCGUGAUGUGAAACGGAAGCUGAUUAUACAGGCUCUGUAAGGGCAGGGCAUUCCUGAGUGCCUGCAGAGAGCCUGCACUUGAAACGGUGCUUCCUCACACAUUGCAGCAGCACGCAAAUGAUUCCUACGCCUGUCCUCCGAGAACCACAGAGGAGAACGUUCAGUCCUGCUGAAAGACUGUGAUUAGAACGGAGCAAAGCCAACUAGCUGAAGCACCCUGAACUCCUGAAAUUUUUUUGUAGUGGCUGAGUUUGUUGGCCGAAGCCUCAAAGGACUGGCUGUCUUUUGGCCCCAUGUUUGGAAAUCUGAACAAAGCAAUCAGUAGGGAAUAUUGUUCGAGUUAUCCAUUGAAUCAGUUUAUUCUUGAUAACUGGGUGUAAUUGGAUCAUCUAAACACACAGGGCAUAUGCUUGCAUUCUGUUUCCUUUCUCUACCUUUGUUUAGACGACUUAAUUGGUGGCCCUCCAGAUGUGCUGGCCUACAACUUGCAUCAUCUAUCACCAUUGGCUAUACUGAGAAGGGAUAAUGGGAGUUGUAGGCAAGAAUAUCUGGAGGGCCACAGGUUGCCCACCCUUGAUUUAUAAUGGCCAAAGCUGAGCUCAUACAUUUUUUUUCUGCUUGGGAAAAUGUAUCCCCAGAUGUGGAGGCAGCCCAGAAGUCAGGCAUCUGAAGUAAGCAGAAGAAACAAUAUCCCCUUUUGUCUCAAACAUCUCGAACUGCUCACGAGUUCUGUCUUGUGGCUCAUACACCGUGUGGUGGUUUGUGUACGAAUGCUGAAACUGCCUCCUUGGAGGCUGAUUGAGACUGGCAUCAUCGUGCCAGAUUGUGUUUGGUAGUUUUAAAAAAAGCAUUGGUUUGAAAACAGUUCCAUCAUUCUGCCAGCUGGAGGAUAAUGCUUGCAGAACAACCCCCCACCCCACUUCCCCUCUUGCCUUACAUCCUGCAAAUCUUCUCAAAAGGAUUGGGAGACCAGGAUCUAGAAUUUACCAAGACUUUUAUAGGCUCUUAUGUUUUUGCCCAGCAGGUGGCAGUGUUUGUAAGUUUUAAUAUGGAAAAAUAAAGGUUUAAAAAUA